CUUGCUUCUUGUCGGGACACUGUCAGUAACAAACUAGAACACUCAGAACUGUGAACUGAAGGACUAAAUGAGUAGGACUCCGUUCAGGAGGAGGCGAUAGGCCAAAGAAUGAAUAUCAUGUACUGUAAGUUGUAGUCAGAUUUAUUUUCAUGUAUUAAUUAGCCCUUAGACAGAGAGAGAGAGAGAGUUAAGUAAUAUAUCCUCAAUGUAUUUUGUACUUGUGUGUUUCAUUUACCCGGCACCUCCCAAGCCCGGUAAGAGCUAUCCACGUGCCCAUUAGGGGUCGGCGCUACCCCAACCCCUUGGGGCACAACAAAACUGGUGGCAGCGGUGGGAUAAGUGUGACUCAGCCCGAGUUGCAGGUCUUGCACCCUGAAGGAAAGAAGGAACUUGGAACGUGGAUGGCUCUUACUACCUCAUAAUGUUAUGUGAGGCUGGGAGUGAUACGGGUCUGUGACAAAGGUUAUGUGUUGCUGGGGACAGUGCACUUGUGGGAAGGGACUUGACCCCCGAGACGCACCCCUGUUUACUGUUCUUUUUUGUCCAUGUUGUUGCUGCAACUAGCCCUACCGCUUGCAGGAUUCAGAUGUGUUCGCCUUGGCGCUAGUGAAAAACUUUUUCCCUAAGUACACGAAAAUUAGUCCUGAAAGAAUAGACGAACGUGCACCUAAGUUUCAGCAGUUAGGAGUAGACUCACGUCUUGAAAUUGCAUUUGAAGGUACCCCCAAGGGAUUCCAGGCCCCAUCUUAUAAGGUGUUCACUAAUGGGAACUCGAACGGGACGGUAGUAUUCGAUGUAGAGACUAUGAUCGUCCAGAGGUAUAUAACCCCGGGUUAUACGUAUAACGACCUAGAAAUAGAGAGAACCGACUUCCUGUCCACUUAUUGUGGGGAGCCAGUCGAGGAGGGAUUAUACUCUGAACCGUCCGCAGGGACCUCCCGGACGCCAGAAGGCACUCUGCCCCAUAGAUACUCAACCUUUCCAAGGCAGGGAGAGUAUAUGGUUCCACGGAAGGAAACGUAUAAGUUACCCACAAACCGAAGGAUAGAAGGCCCCAGAGUCGAGUACGCUAACGUUCCAGGACUGCCUACCCGAAGGUAGACGCACUCAGAUCCAGAAGGAACCGAGACCACAACACCAUGGCAGAGUCAGUGGAAAUGGAGAUCCUCCAAGCUCAGAUGGAAGAGCUUCAGGACCGGAUGGACAACCUUCGAAUUGAGGACGGCCCUAGAGGCCAGAGCAAAGACGUCUCGCUCGUCGCAGGCAUUAAGAAUGGACGGGAGAGAGCCAGGGUAAGCCCGUGCACGACUUCUUGACCCAGAUUGAGACUUUAGCUAAAGUGAGCGGAUGGACGAAUCAGGAUAAAGCCCUCAUUGUGAAGGCGAAACUACAGGGUUUGGCCCUUCAAUACCUACAUGGGCGAGAAGAUCUGGGCAGAGAUGGAUGCCCGUAUGAAGUGUUAAGAUCAGCUUUGUUAGAGAGGUUCAGUGACAAGCUUCCUGACCAGUACUACUACACCAGUCUCCAGGAGGCGAUCCAAGGUAAGAUGGAAGGAGCGGAAGAGUUUGGAGAUCGCUGCCGGAAAAUGUGUCAGAAAACAAUCCGCAGGGUGAACGAUGAGGAGACCCAACGUGUGAUUAAUGAGGAGGCCGAGCGUAGGCUGCUCGCCGCAUAUAUCCAUGGACUCAGAGGUGUCGUAGGCCAACAGGUGCGGUACCAGAUGCCGGAUAAUAUGGAUCGAGCGGUGAAGCUGGCUGUAACCAUCGAGAACGUGGAGAAACACCGACGACUGAGGGAAGGUCCGAGGAACAUCUUCGCCGCCAGGCAGGACACCCGAUGCUAUCGCUGUGCGAAACCAGGCCAUUAUGCGAGGGACUGCCGACAGGCCCCGGAACAUGUUCCGCCAGGAUGGAGGACGCAAAAUGGUCCGCGGGGAAAAGGGAGAAGUGGCCCUCCGCGCACACACAUGACAACACGAGGAGACAGGUCCGGAAGAUCACGCAGAGGACCCCGGCGACCAACACGGCCUUGGGUUCCUCAUGAUGACGGCCGCACGUCUGAAAUUCAGUGUCACCACUGCCGUGAGUAUGGGCACAUACGCCGGGAUUGCCCGCGGGUGCCCCGGGCCAAUCCGCCCCCAAACGGGCACGGUUUGGCACUCAGCUCCCCAGUGUCAAACCCACAGCCAACGGCGAGAAGAUAGGUCGAUUGCAGGCGACCAUCGCCGGGCCCGAGCUCCUGUUGGAAAUAGAAAUAGAGGGGAGAAUUCAUCAAAUGUUAGUCGAUUCAGGAGCAACUGUGAGUGUGAUAAAACCCGGAAUUGUCAAGUCUGAAAUUCAAACAACACGGAUAACCGCAAAGGGGAUUACCGGAAGUAAGUUAAAGGUGAUGGGAACACAGCCGACGACGUUUAAAGUAGGAAACAGAAAUUUCAAAUACGAAUUUCUGGUAGCUCUACUGGACGCGGAGUAUAGUGGUAUUUUAGGGGUCGAUAUACUCGGACAUAUGGAGGCAUGCAUUGACUUUCGGCCCAGCACGCUUCUUCUCGGAAAGAAGCGAUAUCAAUUGUCAGGCCAAGAGGUCGAGCGGUGUCAAGCAAUUCGCCGCCAAAACCGCCUAUCUCAGGUGACGCCGGAAGCGGGACUGCGCACCCCGCUGAAGGAGCCGCCAAGUGGGCAGGUUGAAGUACCCAUCCCAGGGUUGAGCCCGGGAGGUGUCGCAAUUGAUUGCUGGAACGUUGUGGCUUUCGGGUCAGUCAUGCUCCCCCCUUUGUCUGAGGGACUGGUGAUCGGAAAAAUAGAGAAAAAGUACAGCGACGAUCUACCAGGAGAAGUGCUAAUUGAGCCCCUUGAGUUAGGUACGCCGGGAGCAUACGUGGCUCGGGUAGCGAGCCGGGUACUAACGGCGGAAGAAUUAGAUGAGUUAAAAGCACUAG